CGUGGGGUCUGCAGCCCAGCUACGGAACCUGGGUCCUCCCGCAGCGCUGAGCAAAGCCUCUUGCUCGCCACCAUGGUGCACUGGACAGCCGAAGAGAAGCAGCUCAUCGCCAGCGUCUGGAGCAAGGUCAACGUGGAUGAAUGCGGCGCCGAGGCCCUGGCCAGGCUGCUGAUCGUCUACCCCUGGACCCAGAGGUUCUUCGCUUCCUUCGGGAACCUCUCCAGCCCCACCGCCAUCAUUGGCAACCCCAAGGUCCGCGCCCAUGGCAGGAAAGUGCUCACCUCCUUCGGGGAAGCCGUCAAGAACCUGGACAACAUCAAGGCGACCUACGCCAAGCUGUCGGAGCUGCACUGCGAGAAGCUGCACGUGGACCCCGAGAACUUCAGGCUCCUUGGAGACAUCCUAAUCAUUGUCCUGGCUUCCCACUUUGCCAGGGAUUUCACCCCUGCUUGCCAGUUUGCCUGGCAGAAGCUCGUUGGUGUGGUGGCUCAUGCUCUGGCCCGCAAGUACCACUGAGCAUCCCGGGACCGGCUGUGUGAGGAGAGUCCCUGCUCUGCCACCAGCACCUCUGAGCACAAGGAGAUGCCCUUUGGUUAUUGGCAGGCUGUAACCACCAAAUAAAUGCCUCCCAGCACCAUG